AGGAAAACUAGAAAAUAAGAAAAGAAAGAAAAGGCGACUACUCUGCACGAAGACUUUGGAUAUGUGGAAAAAGUUCACUCUAAUUUUCCGAGUAGGACUAUAUAUGAAGCGCACAGCAAGUAAUCGAAAUUGAAGAUCAAAUCAGAUCAAUUCGUUUGAUGCAACACCGUAAAGUUUCUAAUUUCACCAUUUACUCUCUCUCCCUCUCUCUCUCUCUCUCUCUGUGCAUAGACUGAGAUAGAGCAAAAGCUAUGGCAAGUCUGGGUCGUAAAGAAAAAGGCCAAACUCCUCGCGGAUCUCGAAUUGGUAUAGCCAUUUUGAUCGGAGUUAUUCUCGGUUGCGUUUUUGCUGUUUUUUAUCCUCAUGGGUUCUUUAGCUCCGAUCCCGCUGCCCCAAGUCGACGUUUUUCUACAUCCAGUUUUCAGAUUGGCUCGUCUUCAUGUGAAUCAGCAGAACGAAUUAAAAUGCUUAAAUCGGAUAUUAUCUCACUAUCCGAGAAGAAUGCUGAGUUGAAGAAGCAAGCGAGGGAGCUAAGUGAAAAAUUACAAUUAGCUGAACAAGGAAAAGAUCAUGCUCAGAAGCAGGUUUUAGUGCUGGGUAAGCAGCAAAAAGCUGGGGCUUUUGGUACUGUUAAGAGUUUGAGAACUAACCCAACUGUUGUUCCUGAUCCAUCUGUGAAUCCGAGAUUGGCAAAACUCUUGGAGGAGAUUGCUGUUGGGAAGGAGCUGCUUGUUGCACUUGCUAAUUCUAAUGUGAAAAGCAUGUUAGAGGUCUGGUUCACUAGUAUCAAGAGCGUUGGUAUACCCAAUUAUCUUGUUAUAGCAUUGGAUGAUCACAUUGUAGACUAUUGCAAGUCAAAUGAGGUUCCUGUUUACAAGAGAGAUCCAGAUGAAGGUAUUGAUUCAGUUGCUAGAACAGGGGGUAACCAUGCUGUCUCUGGAUUGAAGUUUCGUAUUUUGAGGGAAUUCUUGCAGUUGGGUUACAGUGUUCUUCUUUCAGAUGUUGAUAUAGUGUACUUGCAGAAUCCGUUUGAUCAUCUUUAUAGAGAUUCAGAUGUUGAAUCCAUGACUGAUGGUCACAAUAAUAUGACAGCUUAUGGGUAUAAUGAUGUCUUUGAUGAACCUGCUAUGGGUUGGGCUCGUUAUGCUCAUACAAUGAGGAUAUGGGUUUACAAUUCUGGUUUCUUUUAUAUAAGGCCUACAAUUCCUUCAAUUGAGCUUCUGGACCGUGUAGCCGAUCGUUUGUCUCGGCAGCCAAACUCAUGGGAUCAAGCAGUUUUUAAUGAGGAGCUCUUUUUCCCUUCACAUCCUGGGUAUGAAGGGCUUCAUGCUGCAAAGAGAACUAUGGAUUUCUAUAUGUUUAUGAACAGUAAGGUCCUCUUCAAGACUGUGAGGAAAGAUGCUAACCUAAAGAAGUUGAAGCCAGUAAUUGUUCAUGUAAACUACCAUCCCGACAAACUUCCAAGAAUGAAAGCAGUCGUAGAAUUCUAUGUUAAUGGAAAGCAAGACGCACUGGAGGCUUUCCCUGAUGGUUCUGAUUGGUAGAAAUAUAUAUCAAGGGAAAAUAACAGAAGAAUUAGGUUCGACCCACAGAUGUGCUCAUCAUUUCACUUGUUAUAUUCUUUUUUUCUUCCCUGUCUUUUGAGCACUUCUUGUUAUAUGUUAUAUGGCACAGGUAGGUUAAUUUGAUUUUACCUUUGAAGAGCAAUGUUAGAUGAAUUUCCCUGCUA